AUGGCGUUCAACAGACAGACCCGAAUGUUAGCAAAUCUGAGCUUGAGCGAGUGCUACAGGCGCGAGUCCAAUCUGACACGUCAGCAGAGAGACGAGAUCAUGCUACAGAGUGCCAAGGAAAACCUUGCCAGGUUUUUCACAUUUUUCGGACUAAUGGAAUACCAGCGCGAGAGCCAACUUUUACUUGAGCACACGUUUAUUGGUUUGAAGAUGAGCAAAGAUUUCAGCGUGCGAAAAGGUGCGAUGGGGACUAAUUACGCAGCUAUGUCGGAAAGCCACUGGGAGAGGGUCAUUGAGCGCAACCUUCUCGACAUAAGGCUGUAUCAAUACGCCAAAGAUCUGUUUUUCCAGCGGUUAAAGAGAGCUAAAAUACCCUUGCAACAACGAGAAAAUAUGUUUGAAAAAGUUGGGGUGGAUUUCACGUACAAAUUUAGUUCUGCUGGCUGA